AUGGCGGACAGCUUUACCGAGGUUUCACCAGCCGUGGUGGCCGCCCAUAACGUAGAAACCAUGCGUGAUGAGGUCCUCCGCCGCAUGGAGGUGUACGUGCUUGAGCUGCUGCACACGCUUCUCUCGCUUCCCAUCAGGAGAGUGUCGCCCCGCGGCAAUACGGUGGCCGCCUUCAAGGAGGGGACACCUGGUUCCUUGAAAAGACGCGGUCCAUAUGCCAUGCCGUAUGAGCUGCAGACCUCGACGCGUGCAGCUCGUGGUGCCAUCUCUCCAGCGCCGGUGAGUAUACCACCGGAAGGGCGUGCGCACGCGAAGAUGUCCCUGCCAGGCUACGAGGGCGCAGCGACCCAGUCAAGCGAUGGCCGACCAGUCACGAGCAUGCGAGCUUUGCAGACAGUUCGUCACCAUCUCCUCGUCCUCACCGUGCUUUUUCGAAACGUUGUGCGCGGCGACGUGGCGACACAGCGCGAUGUAUACUAUCACCUCGUCCGCCACAUCCAGACGCAGGAGGUGGUGAAUCGCACCGUGCAGCAGCUUUCGCAUGUGCUGCGACUGCCGCGCCAGCUGAUGGGCGUGGUGGCGGGCGGACGCGGCUACAUUGCGGGCUGCCUCUCCUAUCGCGGGGUGGGUUUGCAGGGGAGUGGCACGGGGAUAGCAGCGGAGGAAGGCAUGCCGUUACCACUUCUAAGCGCAGACUUGGCCGUGUCUGUCCUAGGAGUCGCCGAGCGCGCAGCUGUCGAGGGUGAUGAUGAGUGCGGCGUCUCAGGGUUAGCAUCUUCAUCGAGCUCAACGCACAGCCGCUCACUUCAACAGUCGGCGUCGAGCCGUCUGACGAUCACUCAGUAUCGCGACUUUACUAGCCGCUCAGCCAACAACCCCACCGCGGCAGGCUUUCAAGUGCCGCCAAAUGUGUGCGCUAUCCUCGUCGUGGAGAAGCACGCCGUCUUCUCCCAACUUCUGCGCGAAGGCCUGCUGCGACUGCUGCCGUGCGUGCUGCUUACAGCUCAAGGGUAUCCGACCCAUGCUGCGCGUCGGCUGCUUGCUAACUUGCACACUGCACUCCCUCGUGCUGCAGUUGUUGGGCUUGUGGACUACAACCCGCACGGGCUCGCCAUCCUCGCCGCGUAUCGCUGGGCUGCCACAUCUGAUGCGCCUCCCUUUGGCUCGGCCUCUAUGGAGAGCCGCUACUACGCUGUUCCCACCCUGCGGUGGCUCGGCGUGCGCGCUGCACAUGUGGCGCGCGUAAUGGAGAGGAGAGACAGCGGCGGCGCAAGGGCAGAGCACCCCUCGACAGUGCAAUGCCCUCGUCUUCGCCACCACACACCACCCCCUCUGAAAGCGAGUGCCAGGCCUUGGGAGGGCACUGGCAAGGCAAGCGGGGCACACAGCAACGACAGUGCUGCCGCCAGCGCCCUCAGCUGCGCCUCGUCCACCCCGCACACGGCAGGGAGCGCGGCGAUCGCCUCGCCACUGACCAGCAUCGCGCCUCUUCAGUACUUCACCCACCGAGACGCUGUUGUGAUGAGACAUCAGAUCAAGCGUUUGGGGGCGCUCCUGCACCCUGCAGCGUCGUCUCCAGCUGCAGGAGAAGGUUGCGAAAGAGAGAUGGAUGCAGCGGACGGGAGGCGCCGCGAUUUAGUCGAGUCUUCUUAUGGGGAGCGGGCGGAGUGUGCCUCAGUGGAGCUCAGCGCAGCGCACCAAAGCCACAGCAGGCUCUCGGUAGCUGACCUCGAGUGCCAGGCCGAUCGAGCUUCCGUGGCUGCUUGGCUGAGCGAGGCGCGCGAGAUGCAACGAUGCAACCUCAAGUGCGAGGUGGAGGUGCUCUACACUGCCCCCUACGCCCAUCAAUUUUUGGGCACCGCGUCCGUCGCGCAUGUGCGGCGUCGCGGCGCCCGACCGCCGCCUUCGCAGUUUGCCGAGUGGGUCUGCCAGCAGGUCCUUCGCCGUCAGUAUAUCUAA